CGCCGAGAGGGCGGGGCCCACAGUUCGGUUGCGCUGUGGAGCGCAGCUGUGAGGGAGGCUCUUGUAUCUACUGCCCCGGAACCCGAGCUGGAGCUGAAGCGCAGGCUGCGGGAAGCCGAGUCGGCAGGCCUGACUGUUCGUUCCAGCAUGUCGGAGGGGGAGUCCCAGACAGUACUCAGCAGUGGCUCAGACCCAAAGGUAGAAUCUUCAUCCUCAGCAACUGGCCUGACGUCAGUGUCACCUCCCGUGACUUCCACAACCUCAGCUGCUUCCCCAGAGGAAGAAGAAGAAAGUGAAGAUGAGUCUGAGAUCUUGGAAGAGUCACCCUGUGGGCGUUGGCAGAAGAGGCGAGAAGAGGUGAAUCAGCGGAAUGUACCAGGUAUUGACAGUGCAUACCUGGCCAUGGAUACAGAGGAGGGCGUAGAGGUUGUGUGGAAUGAGGUACAAUUCUCUGAGCGCAAGAACUACAAGCUGCAGGAGGAAAAGGUCCGAGCUGUGUUUGAUAAUCUGAUUCAGUUGGAACAUCUCAACAUUGUUAAGUUUCACAAGUAUUGGGCUGACAUUAAAGAGAACAAGGCCAGGGUCAUUUUUAUCACAGAAUACAUGUCAUCUGGUAGUCUUAAGCAAUUUUUGAAGAAGACCAAAAAGAACCACAAGACUAUGAAUGAAAAGGCUUGGAAGCGCUGGUGCACACAAAUCCUCUCUGCUCUAAGCUACCUGCACUCCUGUGACCCCCCCAUCAUCCAUGGGAACCUGACCUGUGACACCAUCUUCAUCCAGCACAACGGACUCAUCAAGAUUGGCUCUGUGUUUCAUAGGAUUUUUGCUAAUGUGGCUCCUGACACUAUCAACAACCAUGUGAAGACUUGUCGGGAAGAGCAGAAGAAUCUACACUUCUUUGCACCAGAAUACGGAGAAGUCACUAAUGUGACAACGGCAGUAGACAUAUACUCCUUUGGCAUGUGUGCACUAGAGAUGGCAGUGCUGGAGAUUCAGGGCAACGGAGAGUCCUCAUAUGUGCCACAGGAAGCCAUCAGCAGUGCCAUCCAGCUUCUAGAAGACCCAUUGCAGAGGGAAUUCAUUCAAAAGUGCCUGCAGUCUGAGCCUGCUCGCAGACCAACAGCCAGAGAGCUUCUGUUCCACCCAGCACUGUUUGAAGUACCCUCACUGAAACUCCUUGCUGCCCACUGCAUUGUGGGACACCAACACAUGAUUCCAGAGAAUGCAUUGGAGGAGAUCACCAAAAACAUGGAUACCAGUGCUGUACUGGCCGAAAUCCCUGCAGGACCAGGAAGAGAACCAGUUCAGACUUUGUACUCUCAGUCACCAGCUCUGGAAUUGGAUAAAUUCCUCGAAGAUGUCAGGAAUGGGAUCUACCCCCUGACAGCCUUUGGGCUGCCUCGGCCCCAGCAGCCACAGCAGGAGGAGGUGACAUCACCUGUGGUGCCCCCCUCUGUCAAGACUCCAACACCUGAACCAGCUGAGGUGGAGACCCGCAAGGUGGUGCUGAUGCAGUGCAACAUUGAGUCAGUGGAGGAGGGCGUCAAACACCACCUAACGCUUCUGCUGAAGCUGGAGGACAAACUGAACCGGCACCUGAGCUGUGACCUGAUGCCAAAUGAGAACAUCCCUGAGUUGGCGGCUGAGCUGGUGCAGCUGGGCUUCAUUAGCGAGGCUGACCAGAGCCGGCUGACUUCUCUGCUAGAGGAGACCCUGAACAAGUUCAAUUUUGCCAGGAACAACACCCUCAACUCGGCCGCUGUCACAGUCUCCUCCUAGAGCUUACUGGGGCCAGGCCCUGACCUGAGCUGUGGCCGUCGCUGAGUGCGGCAGCCUUCCCGCCCCUUCCCCCCAGUCAGUAUUACCCUGUGAGGCCCCGCUCCUUUGUUAUCUAGGAGGGCUUUGGGGCGCCCUGGUUCUGAGCAUCACCCCACCCCUUCCCCUUCUCUUCCUCCCUCUGCACUUUGUUUACUUGUUUUGCACAGACGUGGGCCUGGGCCUCCUCAGCAGCCGCCUAGUUGGGGGCUAGUAGCUGAACCGCCGGCUCCUGCCCAGCCUGUGUGGAGUGGAGCCCACGGCGCCGGGGGAGCUGACUUCUACAAUCCCGCUGGGGCGGAGGGGGCGGGAGAAGGGUGGUGCUGCAGUGUGGCCCGGGGGGCCAUUCAGUUCGCCUCAGUUGCUGCUGUAAUAAAAGUCUACUUUUUGCUAAAA